GCCCAUUCCAUCCCGCCGUUUCGCCGUCCGAUUCGAGUCUUGACUACUUAACUUAGUCCGCCUCUCCCCGCCAUUCUUCCUUUCUCCUCCCUUCUCCUGCCACUGGUUCACUCGACGGGGCGAAUCGAUCGGACGUACUUUACUUAUCGAUUUUCUCAUCUCGUCGUCACCACCCCCUUCCGUUGCCACUGAUGCUUAAUGCGUUACCGCCUUUCCCUUCUCCUCGCCCCGGCUACCGUUAUUGAUCUGGCAUAUUAAACUAUUGCUACCCCGACCUACUACUCCCGACUACGACAUAUUCUCUGUUUUCGGAAUAUCUACACUAUCUCUCCCACCUCUUAUCUCCUCUCUCCUCUACAUCCUCCCUCUAUCCUCCUCCUUUUAUAUCUCCUCUCUACUCUUAUUUCUUUCCUCCGACUCAACACAACUGUGAUUCCAAAAUGGCUACCCACGUUGUCACUGCAACCACUACCUCCCCGGCGACUUCCGCCCAUCAGAUCUCCAUCUACGGCCACCCUUCUCCCGUCAACUCGGCCACCACCACCGCCAACAAUUCUCCCACCUCCCCUCGUCAGCAAUAUCUCCCGCUUCACACGCGCCAGUUGCGCCCGCCUAAGGCUCCCCUCUACGUGCCGGCUGCGUUGCGCCCGACUGAGCGUCCCCAGAAGCCCUCUCCUCCCACGCCCCCUCGCAGCGUCCACGGCUCCCUGGACAGCCUGAGCGAGACCGAGGUGCACGAUCCUCUCAGCCGUCGUUCCACCAUUGAGAGCGUGGGCAGCGGAAGCAUCAGCAAGAUGGCCGAGGAUGAAUGGAUGAAGAAGGAACACCUCGGCGAAGUUACCGGCAUGCCGACUCGUGACCACUGGAAAGCGGACUCUGCGUCUCCCAACUGCGACUCUCCUACCUGCCGCUCUUCGUUCGGUCUCUUCUUGCGCCGUCAUCACUGCCGCCACUGUGGUCACGUCUUCUGCUCUUCGCACACCCCCUACAGCGUCCCUCUUGAUCAGGAUGCGCGCUUCCAUCCCGAGGGUGUCCAGUCGCGUGCCUGUGACCUCUGCUGGGUCGCCUACCAGCGCUGGGAGGAGUCGCGCGAGGAGCGCUUGAGCAAGAUCCAGACCCAGAUCAACACUCAGAAUGAGCCCAUCCAGACCACCACUCAGGAGGCCCCGGCCGAGCCGGCCGACCCUCUGCAGGAUGAGGACUCCAAGAAGGCCCUGGCCGCCGCGCUGAGCCAAGCCGGCGACAUUGCCGCCAGCAUUCCUCGCGGCUGGAACUGGAGCACCUUCUAAAUGAACCGAUGGCCUCCACAUGAUGACUUUACGACCACGUCUUUAUUUGCUGUCGGCUUUGCUUGACAUCGCCUGCGUCCGCGGGCUUUCGCGACAUAAUGCUCUAGACCAUGUCUUUACUGUCCUUGAUCUGUACUAUUUGGGCGCUUCUUAACCAGUUUCGGUCAUUUGCUGGGAGUUUCGGUCUACUUAUUCAGCCUUACGGUUUACGGUUUACACUUCUUACAUCGGGGACUUCCCGCUUAAUGCCGCGAUUCGAGCUUUUACGACGCGGGGGUUUUUUGCUGUUAAUUUUCUUCUUUUCCUUGAUACUCAGGAUACCCCGUCAAUUGUUGUUUCUUUCGAGCGGCGGUCGCGUGUUUUGUUUUCAAUUCUUUCGACUUUGUGGCGCAAUCAGGAUGGUUUACUCGAUUACUGGGAUAGACGGUGUUAUCAGACUUCAGACUUGAAUUAAUGAUUUCUCUUCAA